AUGGCCACCGAUAUUGAGAAUUUCGCGGGAGGGUACUUCAUCGAGGUCCUCCUGGCAAUCAUGUUGUACGGUAUUGCGAUCACACAAGCAUAUGUGUAUUGGUGGGACUACUCAGACGAUUCGAGGCGAUCGCGGUGGACGGUUGUUAUCCUGAUGAUCAUGGAGACUCUACAUACCGGUUUUAGCUUUGCCGCGAUGUACGAAUACCUCAUCAUCAAUUUCAACGACAUAGAACAGCUACAAACUCUCGUAUGGUACCUGAAAUCCAUGCAGAUUCUCAUCGCAGCAAUUGUUCAAGGGUUCUUAAUCCAACGCAUCUGGAUAUGCCAUCAUUCUCUUAUCUCGAGUGUGUUCAAGCUGGGCAGCUGGCAACUGUACCGAGACACAAAUGUGUCGCAUUACAGACCAUUUGAUCAAGCGGGUCCAGAUGUUCGUUUCGCUGGCAAUUGUCAUUACCUGUAUACGAUCACGUUCCUUGCAACAUUAAAUGCUCGUCAACAUUGGAGAAGUCGCCGGAGGUAUAGAAUGAAUGAUAUCGUGUCUAUGGAGCUCUCUCCUAGAGUGACGAGCGCUCAGGCGCAAGGGACUCAAGCACCACAGAUCGAGAUAUUGACGACGGUCUCAAAAGUGACCGACAACAUGCUCCACCGCGAACAUGGCGGCCCCAAGCCGCUUGUCUCGCGUGUUGUCACUGAUGAUAACAUAGAGUCAAGCAAGAUCAAGAUUUUGAACGAUGACUAUUGA